CGCCCCCAGCAGGCUAGGCUGCGCGGGUCUGCGGGCUCAGCGGGCAGGUGCCGCGGGCUGCGGGCAGGUGGCGGCGCGGCGCGGGCUGGCAGUAGCUCCACGACCUGCUGAAACUCAGCCUGCUGGGACGAGUCUACUUUCCCCCCUCCUGUUUCUACCAUGGAAGUGUGUGGACAGCUCCAUUCACGAUGACAUGUGACACCACUGGCUUUUCCCGGCAAUCACACGCCCUGACCCAGGGCCUGCCAGCUUGGCAAUUGCUUCUCCAUUCUCGAUGUUCCUAACCCCCAUGGAUCCACAACUGUAACCAUGGCCACGCGGGUCGAGGUGGGCUCCAUAACGCCCUUGACGGCUGUGCCAGGCCUGGGUGAGAUUGGCAAGGAGGAGACCCUGACGAGGACCUACUUCCUCCAGGCCGGCGAAGCCUCUGGGGCUCCUCCAGCCCGGAUCUUGGAAGCAAAGAGCCCCCUGCGGAGCCCGGCCCGCUUACUCCCUCUGCCAAGGCUCGCCCCCAAACCCUUCUCGAAGGAGCAGGAUGUGAAAUCUCCUGUCCCAUCUCUGCGGCCCAUUUUAACUGGACCUUCUUCCUCUGGGGGGCUCUCUGAGGAGCCAGCAGCAAAGGAUCUGGACAAGAGGAUGCCUGGCUUGGUGGGGCAGGAGGUGGGCAGUGGGGAGGGCCCGAGGACAGGCUCGCCCCUCUUCAACAAGGCUGUGUUCCUGCGGCCCAGCCCCAACACCAUGAUUCUCUUCGAAACCACCAAAAGCGGCCCCACUCUGGGGAAGGCGGUCAGUGAGGGGGCCGAGGAGGCCAAGCCAGGUGUGUCUGGCUCCCGGCCUGAGGUGGCCGCCAAGCCCACCCUGCUCACCCGAAAGCUUGCGGGGACCCUUCCCCGGUCAGGCCCCCUGUCUCAGGACAUAAAGUCACCUGUACCCCAAGAGGAGGCAGGCCAAGACCAGCCUCCCUUAAAGGCCAGCAGUGUGGAGGACACGGCAUGCCCCUUUGUGGAGCCCAGGCCUCGCCUGAAGAGGAGGCCUGUGUCUGCCAUUUUCAUGGAGUCCAUUCAGCCUCAGAAGCCAGGCCCUGGCGCAGCAGCCACAGUGGGCAAAGUGCCCCCAUCCCCUCCCGAGAAGACGUGGGUGAGGAAGCCCAGGCCCUUGUCCAUGGACCUCACGGCCCGGUUUGAGAACAAAGAGGCCUUGCUGAGGAAGGUGGCCGAUGAAGGAAGUGGAGCCACAGCAGGGGACAUGGCUGGGCUAGAGAGGCCCAGAGCAGCGUCCAAGCUGGACAGGGAGUGUUUGGUCAAGGCGGAGGCUCCUCUUCAUGAUCCUGAUUCGGACUUCCUAGAGGUGGCCAAGAAAAUCCGUGAGCAGAAGGAGAAGAUGCUUUCCAAGCCAGAGACGGGCAGCCCCAGAACCCUGGGGGGCUCAGUCAGGGUCACCCCCAGCAAAGACCAGAGUCCCCGGGAAGAAAGGGCCAAGCUGGACCCAGAGCCAGAGAAGGCUGCUGAGUCUGCCUCGCCCAGGCUGGGAAGGGGCCUAGAACUUGCUGAGGUUAAGAGCAGAGUGGCGGAAGGGGAGGCCCCGGCAGGGGGAGAGUGGGCCUCCAGGAGGAGUGUCAGGAAGUGCAUCAGCCUAUUUCGGGAGGACAGCACCUUGGCCUUGGCAGUGGGGUCUGAACCCCGCCUGGCCACCCCCGCGUCCCCACUGGUGGCACCAGAGCCGGAGAAAGGGGUUGUCAGCGUCCAGGAGCGGAUCAGAGGCUGGACUGCCGAGAGCUCCGAGGCCAAGCCCGAGGUCAGGAGGAGGACGUUCCAGGCUCGGCCACUGUCGGCGGAUUUGACCAAAUUGUUUUCAAGUUCAGCUUCAAGCAACGAAGUCAGAUAUGAGAAGUGUGCUGAGCUGAGCGGCGAGUUUCCUAAGGAACCUAGAGAAAAGCAAAAGGAGGGGCAUGGUUUGGAUGGAAGCCCCUGGAAGCCUGGGACACUCCGGGAGAAGUCCAGGCAGACGGAGCGGAAGGUUAGCUCUAACCAAGACCCCCACAGCUGCCGCAGUGGAAGCUCAGUGGAGGCGCCUUGCCCUUCUGACAUCACUCCAGAAGAUGAUCAGAGCUUCCAGACUGUGUGGGCCACAGUGUUUGAGCACCAUGUGGAGAGACACACAGUGGCUGACCAGUCUGGACAUUGUCUCUCCACCACACCCCCUGGUGACAUGGCCAAUGCCCGUGUCUCAGAACCCAGGCCGAGGCCUGAGAUGAGCCCUUGGCUGGGCAGGGACCCACCAGACAUGACAAAACUCAAGAAGGAGAACGCCAAAGGGUUUGACAAUCCUGAGAUGGAGAAAUUGUUACGAACUGCCCUUUUGAACGGUGAACUGAGACCGUUUCACACGCCUCUCCGGGAAAAAUACCCUUUGGCUGAAAACCGCAAUAAUAACACCUUCCUCAAACACUGGGAAAACCCUCCCCCAUCGCAGAGGAUUGAGCCCAGGUAUGACAUUGUGCAUGCAGUGGGGGAGCGUGUGCACAGCGAGGUCGUCUCACCGGCACCGGAGGAGAAAGCGGUCACACUCCGCAGCCGCAGGUCUUGGUUCUCACUGAAAGACAGUCAGCUGUCCCAGGAGGUCACCCCUGCUGACCUGGAGUGUGGUUUGGAAGGUCAGGCAGGAUCCGUCCAAAGGGCCAGUUUGAUUUGGGAAGCUCGAGGCAUGCCUGAGGCUAUUGGGCCGAAGUCUGGGGGCAACUGCCCGUCGCCCAAAUGGACAGGCGGGGCGGUGGUGAGCUCGCACAAAGCCACCAUGAGGGUCAGUGAAGAGCACUGUGCUCCCGGGGCCACCUCUGUCCGGGCUGUCAAGGCUGCCGUCUGGGAAAGCCAGCAUGAGGGGCCAGAAGGGGCCAGAAGCAAGCCAGGAGAGGGAGCAAGGGGCCCACCCCAGGGAUGCCCCCUAGAUCCUCCUUCCAGGCCUUCGAAUGAGCCUUCUGACUCCCAAGCACGAACACAUCCGGAUGCAUUUGCUGUGCAGAAAGGGCCCUUCGUUGUAGCUGCCAGGGAGGGUGAUCCAAGGCCGGCCCAGGUGCCACAGCUUGCAGUCAAAAUGCGGAAAGCCAGCCCCACGGACCAGAGAAUGGACAGAUGGCGGCGGCGGACUUUACCCCCCAACGUGAAGUUUGAUACGUUCAGUUCUCUCGUCCCAGAGGACUCUCCACAUGUGGGGCACAGACGAACAGAUUAUGUGAGCCCCACAGCCAGUGCCUUAAGAAAACCUCAACUAUCCCACUACAUGGUGGAGACCCAGGAGGUGAACCCAAGCGCUUCACGGGAUCAGACCUCCCCAACAGUGAAGCAAGGGUCACCUGUGGAACCCAAGGCGACAUUUUUUGCAGUCACCUAUCAGAUUCCCAGUACUCAGAAGGCAAAGGGUAUGGUUCUGUCAGGGGCUGAAAACUUGCUGGAACAUUCUAGAAAAAUCACUCCACCCCUAUCUCCUCAUUCUUUAACAUCCACUUUGGUUUCUCUUGGUCAUGAAGAGGCAUUGGAGAUGGCAGGCAGUAAAAACUGGACGAAGGGACGAGAGCAUGAAAGUGCAAGCAUUUUAAAAACUCUGAAGCCAACAGACCGUCCAUCAUCUCUUGGGGCCAGGAGUCUGGAGCCUUUCAAUGGAAGAAUCAUUGAUGUGGAUGCCUUAUGGAGUCAUCGGGGAUCAGAAGAUGGCCCUCGUCCUCAAAACGAUUGGAAGGAAAGUACGAACAAGAUUUCCCCCAGCAGUGAAGCUCCCCAAACCACCCCGACUCUGAGGAGUCACCCAAAAGAUCUCCCUGUGAGAAGGAAGACUGAUGUGAUCAGUGAGACGUUCCCAGGUAAAAUCAGAGACGGGUACAGAUCCAGCGUUCUUGACAUUGACGCCCUGAUGGCUGAGUACCAGGAGCUGUCGCUGAAGGUCCCUGGGGAGGCUCAGGAGAGGAGGAGGAGUCCCACAGCAGAGCCCAGUACAUUGCCUCGGGAGAGGCCUGUUCAGCCAGGUGGGGUGGAGCAGAGAAGGAGGAGCCUGAAGGAGGUGCCCGGUACUGGGGGUCUCUGGAAAGCGGCCAGCUCUGCUGAAAUAAACCACAGUUUCACUCCUGGCUUAGGCAAGCAGCCAGCAGAGACCUCGGAGACAGCCAUGGGGACCAAAUCUAGUCCUCUCUUCUGGGCUCUGCCACCCUCGGCUCCUUCUGAAAAGUAUCCAGGGAGGGGCUCUCCUAUCUCUGCAGAUCCCAGGAAAAAAACCUUGGGGUUCGCUGAGGAUGACAGAAAGGCCUUUGCCAGUAAACAUCACGUUGCAAAGUGUCAGAAUUACCUGGCUGAAUCAAAGCCCUCUGCUCGGGAGGAUCCAGGCAGUGGGGUCAGAGUGUCACCAAAAUCACCCCCCACUGACCAGAAGAAAGGGACCCCAAGGAAAUCCACCGGGCGGGGAGAGGAGGGCAGUGCGGCCCAGUGGGUUGACCACCCACGUGACUGUGGACGGGCGCCGCUGGAUAUCAAGAGGGCCUACUCAGAGAAGGGGCCCCCUGCCAACAUCCGAGAGGGCCUGUCCCUCAUGCAUGAAGCCAGAGAGAGGAGGCGAGAGCAGCCCAAAGGGAGGCCCAGCCUUACUGGAGAGAAUUUGGAGGCCAAAAUGGGACCCUGUUGGUGGGAGUCAGGGACUGGAGAUAGCCACAAGGUGCUGCUAAGGGACCUGGAGAAGGAGGAUGCCCCCCAGGAGAAGGAGCGACUGCUCCAGCAGGUGUCCCCUAUGGCCUCGGUUCCCCGGAGAAGCCACAGCUUCUGCAAGGACAGGAGGAGCGGUCCCUUUGUGGACCAGCUGAAGCAGUGUUUCUCCCGGCGGCCCACUGAACCCAAGGACACUGACACCCUCGUACAUGAAGCCGACAGCCAGUAUGGGACAUGGACAGAGCAGCGCCAGAGCGGGGAGAGCUUGACCACUGAGUCCCCAGACAGCAGUGCUACAUCGACAAGAAAACAGCCCCCCAGUAGCCGUUUGUCUUCUCUGUCCUCUCAAACGGAGCCCACCUCGGCUGGGGACCAGUAUGACUGCUCCAGGGACCAGCGGAGCACCAGCGUGGACCGCUCCAGCACUGACCUGGAAUCCACCGACGGGAUGGAGGGCCCGCCUCCACCGGAUGCCUGCCCUGAAAAGAGAGUGGAUGACUUCUCCUUCAUCGAUCAAACCUCAGUCCUCGACUCAAGUGCCCUGAAGACCCGGGUGCAGCUCAGCAAGAGAAGCCGCCGCCGGGCCCCCAUCUCCCACUCCCUCCGGCGUAGCCGAUUCAGUGAGUCCGAGAGCAGAUCGCCUCUGGAGGAUGAGACUGACAACACGUGGAUGUUCAAAGACUCAACGGAAGAGAAAUCACCCAGGAAGGAAGAGUCAGAUGAGGAGGAGAAGCCAUCCAAAGCUGAGAGGACCCCCGUCAGCCAUCCUCAGAGGAUGCCUGCGUUUCCAGGCAUGGAUCCGGCAGUGCUAAAGGCUCAGCUGCACAAGAGGCCAGAGGUGGACAGUCCCAGCGAGACCCCCAGCUGGGCACCCCAGCCCAAGAGCCCCAAGUCCCCCUUCCAGCCUGGGGUGCUUGGCAGUCGCGUGCUGCCUUCCAGCAUGGACAAGGACGAGAGGUCGGAUGAACCCUCUCCCCAGUGGCUAAAGGAAUUGAAAUCCAAGAAGAGGCAAAGUCUUUAUGAGAACCAAGUUUGACCAGGCAGGGAACCCUGCUACGUCUACUGAACAGAAGCCUUAACCGUCAGAACCCGCAGACGAGGCCAAGCUGCUGCCGUUUCUUCCUGCACAAUGCUUAUGUGCCUGGGCCCUUCCCGUUGGAUUAAGAAUGCUAUCCAGUGCCCCCAUCCUCACCAGGCUCUCCCUGGAUCCAGACGGGAAGACCCAACCUCCAGAAGCACUUGCUCAUCUCCCCAGACAGCACUUCAGGCUGGGAAAGGAGCCAGGCUGCCCAGAAAUGUCUACGUGGGUGGUUUUGCUUUUUAUGUAAAAAUGUGCAUUUCUACCUACUUUAGACACCUGCAUCAGCUCCAAGAACAUCAGCAUGAGGCUGGAAUUGCCUCCCCAGGUUCUGAAAAACACCUGAAUUUGUGAAAGCACCUCCUCAGCCAACCCCAGGGCAGGUCUUUUUUGGGAAGGACAUUUCCAAGAAAGAUCCAACUGUUCAUUUCCUGCUGUAGUCUCGAUGCAAGGCAUUACCGCCAAGUUGAGGGGUUUUUGUUCUUUUUUUUUUUUUUUUGGUGAGUUUCUUCUUCCCCUCGAGGAAUCAGCAGUUCCAAUUUUGAAACGUACCCUCCCUGAUUGUGUGUAUUUCUCUUUCUAGUGGGGCUGUGUGCAUCACUGGCCUAUGUUAUUGUAUGUCAUUUUUGUUGGCUUUAGAAGGCGAUAAAGCAAUAAUUCAGCUAAUUUUCUUUGAAACUUGAUAUGUAUGUAUGUGUUUACGUUAAAGGACAGGAAGAAAGAUGUGUGAAUAAUUUGUUCUGAAGUAUCCAGUCACCUCAGGUUAUCUUAUCCCUAUCCAAGCUGUUUAGAAGUUAUAAUUGUCACUCUUGUAUAUAUUUCCCUGGCUUCUUUUCAUUUGAGCUCUGGUUUCUGUAGGGUGACCUUUGCCCCUUGGCCUUAAGGGUUCGUAAACUGCAGCCCAAAUGGUGGUGCCUUUGCCACUGAAUCAUCAGACCCGCCCUAGCAAUCUUUUUCUCCAGAGUCUUCUUUGAACAUGACCUGGGCUGCUGGCAUGGAGGAGUUGUUCCGAACUGGCCUCAGAACAGAUGCAUGAAUGAAGGGUACUUUUUCUUUUGCUCACCUCAUUUUCCCCCAUCGAACUCCACCUGACCAAGUGCUUUUUUUGGUCCAAAUGCGGGUCUUCCUGAAAGCCCUUCUCUGGAGGGGAGCUCCCCAGCCAAGGACUCUGGACAGAAAUGCUGGGUGCUAGGUGACAAAUCAUAAAGCUGGCCCUGCCUCCUUUUUUUCUUGCUAGCGAUCAGCUCAUUCCAGGGAAUCCCCAAGACCUCUGGGGGCUCCAGACACUCUCUACCUUGUCUUUGUUUUUGGAAAUGCCCAACACCAGACUCUUCCACUUCUGAGUCCUAAGGCUGUAGCAGAUAUCCUAGAUGUGCUUGGCUGGCCACCUGCCAUGCCUGGACUUGCCAUAGUCUACGUGCCAACUUUGGGAGAUACCCAUCAUGAGAUGCUUGGGCAAUUCAUAGAGAGCCUGUGGCAUGGGGUGGCGUUUCCUAGUGGAUCCAUGCGCAGCACUCUGGCUAGAUACGGAAGUGGGGGGCAUGUGUGCCCUCUACUCCCUCCCCACAGUUUCCUAAGAGGUAAAAGUCUCGAUGAAUCCAUUAUUUGCAAAUGCUGUCAAAACAUGCUUCCCUUUUCCCUGGCUACCUCUUAGGAUUUCAUUUGUCUCUCCAUCUCAGCUUCCUCCCUCAUCUCCCUUUACCCCUAUUCUCUCUCUUAAUGGGUGGAUGGGCAUGGAUAGAAAUCCUCUGUUUGUCUAGGUCAGGACAAACACCUAGGCCCUGGUGAGGCAGUUGCCGUUCAGCACCAGGGACAGCAACUGCAGGGCUGUGAGGCAGGAACCCACCUUGUGUCCUGUUUGAUGAGCUUUGGUUACUGAUGAACACUUGCCGGACCAUGCCACCACCCAGCCUUUUACACCUGGGAGCCUCAUGCAUCUGGGUUUGGGCGUUUGGACCUGCUUGAUGAUCGUUUGUUUUCUCAUCAUUCCCUGAAUUAGUCAUCUAGUCAUCUGUGGCCAUUUGGGGAUUAAUUCCUGCAACUGCUUCAGUUGAAUUCUUUUUUAAAGAUCCAGUUUCUGUUUUCUAAUAAUUUGGAUCUUAUGGCUUUCAAAGUCAAUAGGAUCCCCUUUAAAAAAUACCUACUGUUGAGUUUUUUUUUUUUUUUUUUUUCUGAGACAAGGUCUUGCUCUGUUGCUCAAGUUGGAGUGGAGUGGCACGAUCACAGCACACUGAAGCCUCUACCACCUGGGCUCAAGUGAUUCUCCCACCUCAACCUCUCAGGUAGCUGGGACUACAGGUAUAUGCUACCAUGACCAGCUAAUUUUUUAAUUUUUUUGUAGAGACAAGGAUCUCACCAUGUUGCCCAGGCUGGUCUCAAAAUCAAACUUCUGGGCUCAAGCAAUUCUCCCCGCUCAACCUCCCAAAGUGCUGGGAUUACAGACAUGAGCUACUGCAGCUGGCCUAAAACACAUUCCUAGUCUUUUGAUGCUGACUUCUUAUCUUGGCUGAUGUCUGUCUUUCCUUCAGGGGGAAAGGACCCCUUUGUACCAUCUCAAGCAGUAGGAAAGGAACUGCUCUUACAUCUAUUGAUGCUCCUCAUGCGAAACUCUCAAUUCUUAAUUAGUCAUGUCUCAGCUCAAGGAUAUCAGACAGGAAGGAAACACAUUUGAAAAUGAGAUUGACUGGAGAUUUUUUUCCCUAAUCUCUCACACCUUAAUUGGAAAAAUAAUCUAUUUAAUUCUGUGUUAAUUAGGAUAUACAAAGUUCACCCUCCUUGAAAGUGACUAGGGCAAGCCCUGAAGAUCUUCCUCACCUCCUUUUAUUUUUCUGUAACCUUAUCUCCUCCAGCACCGCAGGGCAGACAAUCACAGUGAGUCAAGAACGACCCUCUUUCGUGAACGACCCUCUUUCGUGCGGGCUCCGCCAUGACCUCUGAACCCUGCUUAUGAUCAGUGCAAUGAAGUUAGAAGUAACUGAUGAUUGGGAGCCUUUGCAGAUAGCUGGGCAAAUGGGUAAUUUACUUCUCCCUAUUCUAAAUGGAGUGUGCUGUCUUUGAGGCUAAGCAAGGGGGUGUUGUACACUAGUUUCUAGACUUUGCCUGGAGACCCCUUUGGAAAUCCAUCUUCUUUUAAUAUCACUUAACAUGCCUUAAUAAUCUGUGUGCAAUGGAGUCAUCUUCUCCUCAUCCAACCCUCCUCCCUGGGGGCUUCGGCUGUCCUCAAUGAGAGUCUCAUGCAGAAUGGAAAAUCCUCCAUAUGUACAAUCUCUCACCCCUCCUCAUUGCUCUUCCUCCUCAGCUCCACCACCCCUUUGCACAUCAGCAUUUUGACAGCUGGUCUUUUGAGAAGCCCGUGUCUUUUUCCUCUUCAGUAGAUACCCUUCUUCAUGGUCUUUUGCCUAAUGAAACAGAGGCCUUUGGCCUUUGAAAAUCCAUGACGAGGCCUCAGAAAUCAGUAUUGUGGAGGAUUACUCCAUGCCACCAGAGACACUCUGGUGAAAGAGAAACCUCGUGGUCUUUAGGAUGUUGGGAUUUUGAGUGGUAGCCUCAGGAUUCAGGGAAAGGACAAUUGGAUGGUGGUGUUUUCCAGGGGACGAGCCAAAUCACGUGGUUUCAGACACUUGUGUUUUCCUUUGUGCCUCCCUGGAAGGGAGGCCACCUUAAGGGUAUUGCCAAGAAGCCAGAAUUGAAAUAGGCAUGAGCCUGUGGUUGUCAACUUUACAGGCUGGGCAAGGGAUUUAGCAAGACCCUUAGUGUGAUUUUCCUAAAAGAGACCUCAGCUGCUCCGACCUGGUGCUGAUAGCUGCUUUGUCCAUCUAUGCUUUAAUAUUUUUCUUUAUAAUAUGUCCCCAGAUGGCUCCUGGAACUAGUCAUAAUUACAAACUGUAAAAAUCCCUCCUCCUCAGUGUAGAUAUUUAAACCAGAGUAAGUGAUGGGGAGACAUUCUGUGGUCUCUGAAUGUGCCUUCCCCUCACCAUGUGUGAAAACACAAAAGCCGCAGUUCCAUGGCAUCGUGGUUCCAUGGGGCUGGAGGGUAGGACCCUCCACAUCUAGAAGGGGAUCUGCUUUGGGCUUGGUCCCCUUUAGCGAGUAGGGGACCCUUGCUGUGUGCUGAGAGGCUGCUAGGACUCACACAGUUGGAAUUCUGGGCAGGCUCAAGAAGUCUAGAGCCACGUAAAAAGCUGGUAGGCAUGAAUGUGCCAGGUAUUUGCCAGCCUGUGUCUCCUUUUGCACCCCCCAAUCCAGAGUUUUCUUUCUUUUGACUAAAUUGGCUCCUGCAGGGGGAAGGGCAGCAAGCUAGGCCCUCUGCUCUGGGAGGUCGGCCUGAGGUUUCCGGUAAGUUAACCCUUAAAAUCGACACCUCAGCCCGCCCUGCCCUUUGGCCUUCCCAGAAUCUCCUUCAGUGGUUGCUCUCCCACCUGUGCCAUAACAUCAUCUUCCAUGACUUGGACUGGCACUUCCUUGAUAAUCCCUGUUGGCAUCACACCGGCUACAAAUUAUGCUGUUUUCUAAAGAAUUUGAACUUUUUUUCUUCUUUUCUUGAGACAGGGUCUUGCUGUGUUGGCCAGGCUGGAAUACAGUGGCACAAUCAUAGCUCACUGCAGCCUCCAACUCCUGGGCUCAAGCAAUCCUCCCACCUCUGCCUCCGGAGUAGCCCAGAUGACAGGAGCACACCACCACGCCCAGCUGAUUUUUUAAAUCUUUUUGUAGAAACAGGAUCUUGCUAUAUUGCCCAAGCUGGUCUCUAACUUGGUCUCAAGCGAUCCUCCCACCUCAGCCUCCCAAAGUCCUGGGAUUACAGGCAUGAGCCACCAUGCCCAGCUGAAUUUGAGCUUUUUAAUAAUCUCAUUCCAUAUAGCCUUAUAGAUCCUGUAAAUAGGGGGGUCACAAAAGUAAUAUAUUGUGUUAUGGAAGAUAAUUUUGUACUGUGCUGUUUCCUAAAUCACAACAAUAUCCUAAAGUCAUGCACUUCCCAGAUGAUCGUGAUCCUCAAAAUGCUUUGUAAGAUGGGGUAGAGUGUGGAAAUACAUAUAUACACACACAGACACACACACACGUAAGUAUAGUAUAUAUUUUCCUAACCUUUCUUCUGGGUCCUUCCUCAGCUCUGAGUCACGAUAGAAAAGGAACUUGAGUGCUUUGUGUAGGAUAGUUAAGCUUCCUGCCGGCGGUGUUCUUGCAAUUGCCUUACGAAUUCACAAGCUCUAGGAGUUCUGAACGAAAGGCAGACAAGACGCACUUUAUCCAAUCCCAGAAAGAAUCUCUACCCAUGGGACUGAGAAUUCAUCUAGAAAACCUUAUAUUUUUAAUGUUAAAAAAAAAAUGGGGCUUAUCAGACCUCACAGAGUAUUGGACGUCUACAAGUGCUUUUAUAUUUUGUAACUGUAAAGAGGUUUCAUAUGCACAGAAGAGCAGUUGGAAAUCUGGUCAACUGCAAUAAAACAAGAUGACCUUUGCAUGUACAAAGAUGUUGCAUUCAGACUAUGAAAAUAGCAAAUAAAGCUUUGGUGCAAGCUGCAUUGGAGAA